AUGGCGGCCCGCUGUCCGGAGCCGCGGUCCGCGGCCGAGGGCACGAGAGGUCAGCGGGGGGGGUGGGCUCUGAGAGCACCGGGAGCACGAGGGAUCAGCACAGGGAAGACACCGGAGACACCGGACAGACCGGACAGCCUCCCGGGGGAGGAGACGGUCCCGGGACAAGCGCUGUUCAAGUUCAAAGAGCUGUAUGAGAACCCGUGGACAAUUCCCAACUUCUUGUGUGUGAGUCGUAUUUUGCUGGCUCCAUUCUUGGGUUAUCUGAUCAUCGAGCAGCACUUCCACCUCAGUCUGGCUCUGUUCACACUGGCCGGAGCGACAGACCUGUUGGAUGGUUACAUCGCCAGAACGUGGCCUUCUCAAAAGUCGGCGUUGGGCAGCGCUCUGGACCCGUUGGCUGACAAGAUUCUCAUCAGUUUUUUAUAUGUCAGCCUCACAUAUGCGGAACUUAUACCAGCUUUGCUGACAGCUCUAGUGAUUUCUAGAGACAUCGGUCUGAUAGCUGCUGUCUUCUGGGUCAGAUACAAGACUGUACCUCCACCGGUGACCCUUAGCAAGUUUUUUAACCCCUGCUACACCACAGCACAGCUCAAGCCCACACUCUUCAGCAAGGUGAACACAGCCAUCCAGCUCCUCCUGGUUGCAUCCUCUCUGGCUGCUCCAGUCUUCCAGUAUACAGACAGCGUCCUGCUGCAGUGCUUAUGGUAUGUUACAGCGGUGACGACAGCAGCGUCAGGUUAUAGCUACUGGCACUACGGACGCAAGACUGUCAAGUUGCUAAAUACCAGAUCACCGUGACAACCACACCAGAAAAACACCCAGAAAUCAGGGCAAAGGCAGCGAACAGUCGCGGCAGAGACACUGAUCAGCCGUGGCAAAAGUCGGAAAGACAGUUGGAUGGUCGCCAGGAGCUCUGAAACCAAGUAGUUGUGACAACCAUUUAUGAGUCGCCAUGGCAAUGACACACGGUAAACAACCACGGCCGCAGAUGGUUUAUUGCAACACUACAGAGACGGCGAACAGCAGCUCUGCUACUGGACCGGCUGUGGACUAGAGACAUGCACACAGAUAGAAACUGCAUCAACACACACACACGCACACACACACACACAUACACACACACUUACAUGUCAAGUAUAUGUUAAUUAAUCUGGCAAAAGCUUCUAUUUUUUCUUAGUUUUUCCAAUCAAGAGGUUUUAUUGUCAACAUGAUUGUCAGUUUUGUAAACCAAUGAUUUAUGAUUAAAAGAGAAAAAACUGC